UAGAGGUAUUUCCAUGAAGUUUCACCAGAUUAAACGGAAUUUCCUGAAGUAUUACUUACGCAUAAUCACGCGAAAUUGUGAUUUAAACUUCAGUUUUUAAGGUAGAUGUUUAAUUGAAAAUUCCCCAAUCUAACUUUUUCUGUUCUAUAUUCUGCAGAACUAUUUUAACAUCUUACCGUUUACGCAAGUACGGUGAAUUAUCUAAAUAUCAAUACAACAAUCGUUUUGAUAACUAUUAUUGUUACUUUAGAACUUGAAAAGUUUAAUGUAAAAGUUAAGAUCUAAAACGGUAAAAGCCUAAACUGAAAGUAAAAUUGAGUUGCUAAACUGGUGACCGAAACUCAUGCAGGUGACAAAAACAAAAAUCAGGUUCCAGAAUACUGCAUGAGAAGCCAUGAAUCAAGUAUCUCCAAUAUCAUCUUUGGCACCUCACUGGCAGAACUUCUUGCCUUAUGCCUUUUUUGUUCUUGUGGUCAUGUCUCAGACCUUUGUUGUUUGUUCUUCUAAUUCGGAUGACAUGUGUGUAAAUGAUAACAAAACAAAAGAUUGUUCUUGGAUGAUACCAGGAGAUGCUGAAAAUUCUUGUGUAAUUUAUCCUACUAAAAGAGCCAUAGACAUGGUUUCUUCAAAGUCCUGGAUCGUAAAUGAACCCCAGGUUGUAAAAACACAAGAAGAUGCUGGUCUUGAGGUUGGAUUGGAAGCUUAUGUUUUUGAAACUGUGAUAAGUAAUACGGGAUUAAAUAUUACAUUAUCUUCUACACAAUCAGAUGUCAAAGGAUUCCUUAUUUUAAUGCAACAAAAAUCAUCUAAUUACACCAGUAUGAGGAUCUUCGACUUCAGGAACACUACUGUUAAAAGCAAGGUUUCGUUGUAUUAUGACUGCUACGUCUAUCUUACGGGAGGUGGGGACAGUAGCUACCGUUUACAGAUUCGGUCGUUACCUCUCCACAGAGUUCUGGAUUAUGCAAUCACACUCCCUAAUCCCAACACUAUAAAUGCAAGUUCUAUUUGUAAAUGGAAAUCCUUUGUGUCAGUCAACUUGGGUUGGUUGUUGUCAAACAAGAUUGAAAUCAUGUUCCAGAAGGCACCAAGAAGGUUCUCUGUUGACGAAUACGAAAUAACUCUGAGAAAAUUGAACAGCAUUUCUGAACCAUACAGCUCAACCGUAGAGUCCUUAAAGCAUAGUAGAGAUAUGCUAGUGACAUUUGAAAAUGUGGCGUCUGGAAGUUACUUUGUUACGGUUAGACCCUUGUCAACUGAAUGGAAAUCGUCUUGUGGUGUUGCUCGUUCUGCAACCCUCGUCGUUCCCGUACCAGAUCAUACAUUCACCAUAAAAAUUCUCCUGUUUGUUUCAACAUUCCUAUUGGUGGUUUUUGUGCUUUUAGGACUUUUCUUUUUAAGGAAACACCUGUUACAACCAACAAAACGGACUAGAAUCAAUGUACCAAGAGUAUUAUUAGUAUAUUCGUAUGACUGUAAAAAACAUUAUCAGGUGGUUGAAAGAUUUGCUGAUUACCUGCAACAUAAGUGUAAUGUUGAAGUUUUACUGGAUGAAAGAAGCACCAAAAAUGAAGACCCAAACAACUGGCUGUUAAAAUCAGUCAAAGAAGUUGACUACAUUAUCAUCAUCAUAUCCGAAGGUGUGUUCCACAAAGCCGAGAGACAAAAUAUGCCAAAAAUGCAAGAGAUGCAGACCCAAAUGAAUCGUUUUACUCCAGCACUGAACCUGAUUGUUAAUGAAAUACCUAAAAAAAUGAGCACCAACAGGUUUGUUAAAGUGUACUUUAAAUACUCGGGUUCCCACCAUAUUCCAAAAAUACUGCAAUUGAAUGCUGCUGGUAAAACUUACAAGAUGGUAGAAGAGCUAAAUAAGUUGAUAUGCCACUUGCAUAAAGAACAGCCGAAGAUAUCGAUACCGUUACUUCGAGUGUACCCACGUAUGCCAGGCCACGAUUUGCUGUCUUCUUGGGUUGGACAUUCUCUUAAUGAUGCUAUUAAUGAAAUGAGUGAUUACGUACAAAAAAAUCCCGACUGGUUUACGAAGCUUCUUAACUGCUCUUCAGAUGUUUCACCCAACACCGAGAACAAUGACAGUUGUGAAAAAACUAGUGAAAAAACUAAUGACACUAAAACAAUCCAAACGUAUCAGUUGUUUACCCCUGAAAAGCAUAGUUCUAAAACAAAGUUUUCAAGAUUGUUCAGAAAGCCUUUGGUGAGCUCAGAAUUGGUUUGAAACUUAUUAAACAAAACUUCAAAUAUUUUUUCUAAAUCCUGUGAAAAGGCUUGGAAAUGAUGUGACUUGCGUGUUAACUUGCUUUGAAAACUGUUGGCACAGCUGAGAAAUAAUAACCUCUUGAAAUAAAUUAAAAGAGUUUAACAGAGACGUUCUUAUACUUGGUGUAUAUCUUUUUCCUUCAAAAACACAAAAAUGUGAAAACCCAAAAUGAGUCAUACUUUUACUUGUAUGUUACAUACAUUUGUUUUUUUUUUAACGCAUUGAUACUUAUAUUGGUAUAAUUCUGAACUUAAAUGCAUGGGAAGAUAUUAUUGAAGUUGUAAAUAUUACAGAAACAAAUACGAGACCUUUUGUAUGUUUUGAAGCGUUGAUGCUCUUAAAUAUAUGGAUGUAAUAAAUUGAAGAACAUAUUUUGUAGGAGAAAUUACCUACGUUUUUGAAUCAUUCCCAGUUUGCUCCUGAAGAAGAAAGGUCGACCUUUUGAGAGCACUUGGGUUAUAGGGUUUUUAUCAUUUUGUAUCAAGUCUUAUUGAACUUGC